AUGACAUCACCAAAGAGCCAGUCGCAAGCAUUUUUGAUUCCCAGCAAGCACCACCAUCAUAAUCGAAACGGUGAAGAAUUGUAUAAUGAGCAACACGAGGAUAAUUCUAGAAGAAGAAGAGGAAAAGAGAAAGGAGGAAAACCAUCGAAAUCCCGUGAGUUCAAAAAUACCCCAUAUGAAAGAGACCAGCUACUUCCAUCACACGACACCACUAGCCGUGAUUUUGCCAAUGGAAGAUUCAGCCUACCAAAUCAAUAUGGUGCAGUAAGCAACUCAGUGAACCAAAGAAAUGGUGUCUCGGGUAAUAGUGGUGCUGGAAACGUCUUUAGAAAAAGAUUUAGUUUUACCAGUAACCAACAGACAUCAUCGUUGUUGGACGGGCUACGUUUCCAUUCGGACCCAGAGAAUCUCCUGGAUAGUAAUUUCGAGUUUGAUGAUUCGCAUCCAAGUUCCUCAGAUAACGAUUCAGACGAUUCUUCUCUUGACGACGUUUGCUUGCCAUUGAAUGCUGAUUCGUCCUCGACCACCAAAAAUUGGCCAGAUUUGCAAGUGUUGCAAGAUUUUUAUGAAGAAGAGAUGCGGGAAAAUUUGGCAAUUGCUGAGGCCAACAAACACAAUGUCCUGUUUGCCACAGGAGAAGCUGAUAUUGAUUACUCGACAGUGGAUGAUGAGGAGCAUUCUUUGAAGGCGGUAGGCUUCCAAUACCCUUUAAUCAGUAAAAUUGAUAAUCCUUCAUCUAUGGCCGUCCCGUCACUAGCUACCAGGAAAAUUAACGAAACGGAAGCCAUCCAGGGAAGGCUCAGACCUCCAAGAUUCAGUCCUUGGGAUAAAUCUACCAGACAGAAUUUGAAAAACUAUUUACAUAAUCAUGAUCUUGAAAAUGCUGCGAAGUAUCUGAAAAAUAAUGGUGCAAAUAUCAAUGACAAUGGAAUUGGACCAGGAACAGUCAUUGGGGAAAAGAAAUUCCAGCAAUUUAGAUACACAUACUUCCGUCCAAAUUUAGAUUCCACAAUCCAUUCUCCUUCGAUUUCAGGACUUUUGCAAGACGGUCAAAAUUUUGGAGACUUGUUUGUGGUGUCACAGUAUCAAAAGGCAAAAUUGCCUCCUCCAAUCCUAAAAGAAAACCUCAAUGCUCCACUUAACAAUGCCAAACAAGCGAGAUUAAAAAUCCCACCACAUGCAGCUGGCACAGCCCAUAAUAAUAUCGCUAAUUUUGACGAUAGCGCUGACAGUCAUAAAGAAGGCACGGCCACCCCAAAGAGUAUUGGUAAUAAUAAUGGGGUAGGACUAGCCACCCCAAUGAUGUCCGCCACUAAUAGCACUACCGUGGAGCCCGAGGACCCUAUUCCCUUUUGGUUGGAUGUUUUAGAUCCAACAGAAGAAGAAAUUAAGGUAUUAAGUAAAGCCUUUGGAAUCCAUCCGUUGACCACGGAAGAUAUAUUCUUGAAUGAGGUGCGUGAAAAGGUGGAAUUAUUCAAGGACUAUUAUUUUGUAUGUUUCAGAUCAUUUGAUAUUGUUCAAGAACGGUUGAAACGUAGGGCACUCAAUGAGAAGUUAUCAAACUUAGAAAGUUUGAAUCUUGAGGAAAUUCAUAGCUCACAUUCUGCUGAUGCUUCAAAGCUUUCGAAUUUGAAAAAAGCCAUUGGUAAAGUAUUUGGUUCCCGUGGCUUAGGCAAUAAUGAUUAUGAAACACGUAGCCAUCAUGAUGAUUAUGAGUCGUUAGAAGCAGGUCCAGAAAUCGGAGGAAAAAAUAUGACAAAAAAACAGAAGGAACUGACCAUCACUAACUUGAAACAACAAAUCAAAAGGCAGAAGAGUAAAUAUAGAGAACUUGAACCUUUGAAUUUUUAUAUUAUAGUUUUCCAUGAGGGAGUUAUCACGUUCCAUUUUUCCCCAACCCCACAUCCUGUCACUGUCAGAAGAAGAGCCAGAUUAUUAAAAGAUUACUUGACAGUUUCAUCCGAUUGGAUUGCAUAUGCUUUGAUUGAUGAUAUUACCGAUGCUUUUGGUCCAAUGAUUGAAACCAUUGAAGAAGAAGUGUACGCUUUUGAAGAUGCAAUACUAAAACUUCAUUCAGGUGAAAGUGAUUCAGAAGAUUCGGAUGAUGAAGGGUUGAAUGAUAAUUUGUCGUUGUAUAAUUCAGAAACAAAAACCAUCACGUCUAGUAUUGUGACCACCACCUCUACCAGUUCUUAUUUGUCCACAUCUUCUGCUGAAUGGCAAAGGAAAGGUGAUAUGUUGAGAAGAAUCGGGGAAUCUCGAAAAAGAAUCAUGUCAUUACUCCGUUUGUUGGGGUCCAAAGCGGAUGUCAUUAAGGGGCUUGCUAAGAGAUGUAAUGAGAACUUUGAUGCUGCCCCAAGAUCGGAAAUUGGGAUGUACUUGGGAGAUAUUCAGGAUCAUAUCAUUACCAUGGUUCAAUCAUUGAAUCAUUAUGAGAAAUUGUUAGCCCGAUCACAUUCCAACUACUUGGCACAAAUCAAUAUCGAUAUGACCAAAGUGAAUAAUGAUAUGAAUGAUGUUUUGGGAAAGAUUUCGAUUUUGGGGACUUUGGUGUUGCCAAUGAAUGUGAUUACUGGUCUCUGGGGGAUGAAUGUGAUUGUUCCAGGACAGGAUCAAGAAGGUUUGACUUGGUUUCUUGGUAUUUUGAUUUCAAUGAUUUGUAUUGCUGCGGCGACGUAUUUCAUUACAGUGAAGAUAUAUAAUUUUUAA